UGCGUAGACAAAUGACAUGGGGGAAUAUGAAAGGUUCGAUUGUGUUGUGUGUCGGGCUUUGGACAACAACACUCACUCUCACGCCGUUAAUGGUGUUGUUGAUGUUGUUGUUACAGUCGACGUCGUCCAACACUCAUAUGUUGGUGGUCAAGAAAGUAACAAAUAGAAAAAAUAAAUAAAAACGUUAGUUGAGUAAUGGCAGGCAAACGGACAGGUUGAGCACAAGUUAAACAAACAAACAAAAAAACAAUAAUACGAAUCAUAAUUAAUAAACAAAAAAGAACAAUCCGACCAAUAAAAGGCAAACGAAUAUCCCCAAUUAAAAAAUGCUGCAUUAAAACAAUUGUGAAACGAAACCUAACUAACGAAAAUUUAAAUAUCCGCUAAUUACACAAAAAAAGAGAAGGGAAACGAAUGAAAGAACAAUUUUGUGACCUAUGGAAUGGAAAAUUUUUAGUGUUUCAAAAUAAUAAAAUAAAAAAAAAUAAAGUAAUUAUUUUCUAUUACAGUGAGAUGACAUGAAUACAUAGCAGACAUGUAUUUUCAUAAAAAAUAACAAAACACACAAAAAUUAACACAACAUAAAAAUUGCACAAAAAUCGCCUGACAACAAAUUGCAAAAUAUUGCAAAAAAUCAAGAAAACAAAAAAAAACCUCUACAGAAGAAGGAGAUCAAAAGAAAAUCAACACAAAAUGCAUAUUUCAUACAAGUUUGGAUUAUUUUUAAUAUUUAUUAUAAGUUUAAGUUUCUGUCACACACGGGCUGCCCCAGCCCAAAAUCAAACCUCAACAAAUCAAGAAGACUAUCCCGAUGAUGAUUAUGAUGAAUAUUAUGAUGACACAGAAUACCAAGGCAAACAGCAGGCAGUGGCAUCUCCACCCUCAUCGCAUGCAACAGCCACCUCCACAGCAGUGAAUUUGGCAAAUUCCCUGUUUAAUUUGUUUAGUGGUGGAGAUAAACCAGAUCACCCACCGCAACGCAGCAAUCAUGUGGUGGAGCCAGUCUGCCCGAAAUCAUGUCUGUGCCUGGAAGAUUUCAAAUACAUUGAUUGCUCCAAUGGCCGUUUGACCGAAGUACCCCAUGACCUACCAAAUACUGCUGUUAUUUUAGAUUUAAGCCACAAUCGUAUUAAGGAAAUUAAGCCAAGUGAUUUUUCACAUCGCCUCAAAUUGCAAGAGAUUAAUUUAAGUAAUAAUUUAUUGGAAAAUGUCACCGAAGAGAUGUUUGAAGAUUUGCCACGUCUCCAACGUUUGAGAUUAUCCUCAAAUCUUUUGACAGCCAUUGAGCCCGAUACAUUCCGCGGUGCCAGCGAUCUAAGUUUAUUGGAUCUGAGUAAUAAUCCCAUCCACCUGCCGGCUGAUGCCUCAUUUCUCAAUCAGCCAUCGUUGUUGGAAUUGAAUUGCCGCAAUUGUUCAUGGAGAGAAAUCUAUGAGGAUACAUUUAAGAAUACUCCACGAUUGACAGCAUUACGGAUAGAUAAUAAUGAUUUCAAUAAGAAAAUCAAUACCCGGGCGUUUAUACCCCUAAAAAGUUUAAUAAAACUACGCGUUCCGGAAUUGGACCAAAAAAGUACCGAGGAGCUAUGCAAUCUGUUGAAAUUCAUCGACAACAUUAGCUUUAAACGUUUCGAAGUCAGCUGCUAUGAAUUGGUGUUGGGUGCCACCUACAAUGAGAGUAUAAUCUUGGUGACAGAUCCACCAUACCGACAGCCGACGUCAGUGGAAAUUGAAACAAGUACAACGACCACAACAGAAGCCAUAACAGCAUCAACUGUAAGUGGGGAUAGUAUAAAAUCAACAACAACGGCUGCAGCUGCUGGAAACGUAGCAAGUGAUAAGAAGGCCAUGGCGUCAAGUUCGACCACACUCACGCCCGAGGUGCUGUUGGCAGCUGACAAUGAAACCGAAUUCGUGAAGGCCUCUGUGGGCCUGGCCGGCAGUAAUCAACCAACCAAAACCGAUGUAAAAGAUGAAGAAGAGGCCUAUAAGGUACCCAUAUCACAGGAGGCCAUUAAUCAAAUGUUGAUUGGUCUCAUGAUAAUCUCCGUAAUUGGCAUUAUAAUUGGUGUACUCUGUCGCAAAGAUGUUUGGGGCAUGAAGACAAAAUGUUGCCGCACCAAAAAACCCGAGGAAAAUAAGGCCGUUGAAAGUAAUGGCCAGGCCCCGGAAGAAAUACCACUGAAUAAGUUACCUUAAGUUGAAGGAAAGAAGAGAAGGGCCAAUGGAAUGCGGGAGAAGUUACUUCCAUUCCAUUUCAAAUCAAUCACAGAGAAAUGUAUUUAUUCCAUUCUAAAGAUAGUGACAACAAAACAAAAACCCAAAAAUAAAUUGUAAAUAUUUAUUAUUUUUAAAAUAAUUCGUAGUGAAAAAAAACACAUACAUAGACAUGAUUUUGCCAUCUAUGGAGGAAAGUAAUAGAGGAUAUUUAAGAAAAAAAAAAGAAUAGAAUUAAAAUUAAUUAAAUAAUUAACAAAUUAAACCCAAAACUUUGUGAAAAAGGAAAAUUUGAAUGAAUUAUUAAAUCCGAUUAUAAUGACGGAAAUAUCAGUUUUUGGUAAGAUAUUAGGUUUCUCCAAUGUAUCUUGCUAACAAAGAGAAAAUUAAUGUUUUUAAUAAUCACCUUAUAUUUCCCAACCAUAGAUGGUAAAUGAGGUGUUUAAAAUGAAUAUUUAAAAAGCCUUGCCAAAAAAGAACACUAAAUUAAACAGCAUCUAAACAAUAAGUUUCUUGUUGAAAACAAACCUUUAAAGAAAACUACAUUCGAAUUUAGCAAAAAACAUAUUUGCUAAAUAAAACUUUAUAAAUAAUACAUUAUUCAGAGUUUUUAUCUGAACUAAGUCCUUCAAGCCUUGUAUAAAAAUAACAAUGUUUUCUUCUUUUUUGUAAAGAAAAAACUAAUUUUGUUUACCACUGAUCUUUUCUACUGUUAUUUUGGAGAACAAACAUAAAUGACUAAUCAAUUUUUUUCUUAAUUUUAAGUUUAUAUUUUAGCUCUAUUCAAUUUUACCAAAUCUACAUAUCAUAAGUUUUGUUUUUAGAAUUUUGCUAUUUUUAUCUGUUGGUGUAGUAACUAGUCUUGUAAUUUUCUUAUUUUGAACAAUUUUUUUUUUUUUUUUUGUAUUUUCACCUUGAAUUUCCAUUUAGAAAAACACUGAAGAUUUUGCUUAUAUUUUGAUAUAAAACAAAACUAUAUAUUUAAACAUUUACUAUUUAAUAGUAAGCUUAGCACAAUUGUUGUAAAGUUAUAGGGAAGAAAAUAAAGAUUUUUUGAAAAAUA